CAGACACAGAAAACGGGCACGUCGGGAACCAGGUCGCUCAUGGACCCGAGGAUCCGCGCCCUGGAGCUCCUCGGAGUGGCGCUCUGCGCGUGCGCGUGGAUAUUCACGCUGGCGGCCGCGCUCAGGUCGGCGUGGCUCACCCUGUCCACGGAGCUGCUGCCCACGGAGAGCUACGAGCUGGGUCUUUGGGAGACGUGCGUGGUGCAGGACGUGCAGGGCGCUCUGCUGUGCCAACGCCACGGCAGCCCGCUGGCCUUGCCGCGCGACAUCAAGCUGGCGCGCGUGCUGGUGUGCGCGGCGCUGUGCGCGGGGCUGCUCGCGCUCGCGCUGGCCAUCCCGGGCUUGCACGCGGUGAACGCGCGCGCCGACGCCCGAGCCAAGAAAGUGAUGAAAAUGUGCGGCGGGGCGCUGAGCGUCGCGUGCGCGGUGCUGGUGCUCGUCCCGGCGUCGUACGUCGCUCACGUCGCGGCGCGCCGCUUCUUCGACGACUCGGUGCCGGACGUGGCGCCGCGCUGGGAGUUUGGAGACGCGCUCUUCUGCGGGUGGACCGCGGGCGCCUUGCACUUGAUGGCGGGGGCGGCGCUGCUCGCCUCCUGCGCGUUCCCGCAAAACCGUCACGGCCCCGGACCGAGGGAUCGACUGCAGCACCGACCAAGGACGGAGUACGUCUGAAAAAUGGACACUUGGACGGUGUUUCCCAAGCUUUUGUCGAGCCCGCGAGGGCGCGCGUAUUUUGUCGUCAAAUCUCAAAUCAAUAAAGGAAUCGGUG